CCUAUAUUAGCACAUCUAGAUGGCGAGGAAAUACCCGCAUGGUGUACAGGGCGUUUAGUCACUUAUCGCAGCUGCUUUAAGCAGCUGAGUGCUCAGCUGACUAUUGUUACUAUUUCAAUGGUGUCGUGGUGUGCGUUCGAACUUACAUAUUCGUACGACUUUUAUAGAUGAUCAUUCUAAUUUCCAAACGCAAAUAAGCAAAUAUAUUUUACUCUGAGUUAUCAAUCGCUUUGUUGUUAGCAUCGUUGCUAUAUAUAGAAAUUCUUAUAUACAUAUGUAUAGCUACUUACUUAAAAGUACACAUGUGUAUGUAUAUUAUCGCCCGAGUACAGAGUGGAUCGUUAAUUUAAAAAAAUAUGUUUUUACACAAAAAAAAAAGAUGAUCAGGUACAAUUUGUAACAAACCUCAUGCAUCCAAUACAAACUAAUGCCCUAUGGAGAUCAUGUACUUAGAGGGUCGUUUAUAUAUGUAUCAUCAUAUGUACGCGCAUACAUAGCUACCGUAAGUAUCAAACGCCUGUACAUAAAUCACUUUGUAGCAGACACUCAUUCGUACAACUAUUCUACCUGACGUCCUGAAACGUCACUGGAAACAGCUGUUCGUUGCACACACACGCAGAUAUAGGCGGUCCCGUUCACACACGCGUCAGUCAAUUCUCUUCUUGUAUUUAGUGACAUAUAUUCACUUAAACUAAGUAGUGGAAGUCGCUCUCAUAGCUCAGUUCCAAACAAACGGUGGCGCUGUAAAGUACGUACUUGGUCAGUUCGAGCGAGAUGUGGAAAGAUCACAAAAAGCUGAUAUGGCACCAGCUUUUUCAAAAUUGAGCGAUCCCCUGCGACAGUUAAUUUGGGUACUUAUACUUUUGUUGUCUUUGUUGUUGUUGGUACAAGUUUGUGAAGCGGAAAAACCACCGAAGUUUCUUUGCGGCGACGCUCUGGACAUUAUGCUAUUCAGUGUUUGCAAGAAUGGCUUCAAUAAAAAAAAUUUGGAUGGCCCCAUACGUUUUCUGCGCAGUCGCAGGCACGCCGAUCGAUUUCUGUUACCACUAAAAUUUACGACACAAUUCCAACGGGAGGCAUCAGUAGUACCCAGGAAAGGAAAGCGUCAUCCUAGUCUGAAGCGCAUGCUAAAGGAGGAGGCCCGCUGGCGUCGAAAACAUCGAAUCACUGGGAAGCGCUUGCGGCGGCAGGUGACCCAUACCACUGGAAUAGCGGACGAAUGCUGCAGCUACGGUUGUGCCUACUCCGACAUUGCUAGAUAUUGCGCGGGCCAAGUUUAAGCAUCCAGUGACCACAGUCAGCUGAUGGCAAAAAACAAAAUAUUAUUCUAGUUUUAAUUAAGAGCAAAGAACUUGGGAGGAAGAAGGAAACCGUAUUACAUCACAAUUCAAUUUUCAAGAUGCAAACUCAGUUUAUACUUAAAUAUAAUAGAUACAUUUCUUUAUAUUUAACUAUAAUAAUAUUCUAAAAAUUAACGAAGUGAUAAAUGCAUAUUAUUAUAAAUAAAACCUAAAAAUUAUCUGCAAGUUAUAAGUGACAAAUUGUUAAUGGUGAUUAAAGUGAUCUAAUGCCUUAAAACUAAGUUUUGUGCACUAAAAUUGUACUAAUCUAUCAAUUUACUUUACAUAUGUAUAUGUAUGUAUUAUAAUCUGUAAUGGAUCCCAUUCGUUUUAAUGCCUGAUAAGGUACUAGUCGAAGUUUUCAUAUCUUAGGCAUAUUGGAGUUCGUAAGUAACUAACUUUGUUGUACCCUGUCGAUUUAGCAAGUAAUAAAUUAGAACAUCGGAUCGGUUCCAAUGAAACAUAA